AACCCGCAACCUGCUGUCCUGGGAACAGCUCUUUCUCUUCGGGGCCCCGUGAGAAGAACUGACGGCUCUUCCUUUUCUUUCUCUGGCACAGCAACCCGAGUGGAAGAAGUAGCAGGCAUUCGUGGGAAAUUCCCGACCAAAGUUCCAGUAAUUGUUGAAAGAUAUCAGAAAGAAAAAUACCUCCCCCUGUUGGACAAAACAAAGUUUCUUGUACCACAAGAGUUAACUAUGACACAGUUUAUAACCAUCAUUAGAAGCAGAAUGGCACUGAGUGCUACUCAAGCUUUCUACCUGCUGGUAAACAACAAGAGUUUAGCCAGUAUGUCUUUAACUCUGGCCGAAGUAUACCGAGAUUACAAAGAUGAAGAUGGCUUUGUAUACAUGACGUAUGCUUCCCAGGAGAUGUUUGGAGGUCUCGUAGCUACUGCCAAAGUAAAAUACCAGAAGCUGCUCACCUUUACUGAAUAGUGACAGCUAUUCAGAAGUGGCUUAUAUUGGGCUCCAGUGUGGGGAAAGUUGGAAGGAAAGAGAAGAAGAGGACAACCAGAAGCAAGG